GCCGGUACAACAUAAUAUUUGUGGUGAUAAGAGACAUAAAAGGUCUUCAAUAGAAACGUGAUCUAUUAGUUCAGUGCGAACAAUAGCAUUGUAAGGUUCGUAGUGCUUAUCUAACAGUGUCAAUUUCGAAAUGAAAAUAAAACUAUCGGACGACUUAUCAGUCAACUAUUUGAAGGUAGGCAAUGGGCCACAUACUAUUGUUUUGCUACCCGGUACUUUUGGUACCAUUGAAAAGGACUUUGAUGAACAGCUGGAAAGUUUAGAUAAAGAAAAAUUUACGCUGGUCUCAUGGGAUCCUCCAGGAUACGGACAGAGUCGACCUCCAUACCGCGAUUUCCACGAUAAGAAUGCUCUUCGUAAGGAUGCACAUCUCGUUGCCAGACUGAUGGAGCUUCUAGAAAUCGACACCUAUUCAAUUCUCGGCUUCUGUGCUGGAGGUGCAACUGCUCUUAUAUUAGCAGCAGCCUAUCCGAAACGAGUUUUAAAUGUUACAGUUUGGGGAACAAAGUCCUAUGUGAGCGAUGCUGACAAGGAAAAUUUGAAAAAAUUCAUGAGCGGCGAAACAUUAGGUGCAUCAGCCAAUGAUGCGAAUCUGCAAAUCUAUGGCGCAGAGGAAUUAUAUCGCAUGUAUGCUAAUUCAGCUGAUGCAAUAAUGAAGACGGACAAUAUUUGUAGAGAAGACUUACCGAAAGUGAAGUGUCCGGUGUUGAUUUUGCAUGGCGAAGCGGACAAUUGGAUUCGAAAGGAGCAUCCAUUGUAUUUGGCAGAGAAUCUCCAGAAUGCUAGAAUUCACUUUUUCCCGGACGGAAAGCAUUUCAUUCAUCGUAAUUAUGCGAAAGAGUUCAACCAAAUUGUUGAAACGUUUGUGCUUCAGUAGAAGUGUUGGAAAUUCGACACGAAAAUUUUGGUGGAUUGUGAACAGAUGUAACUUAAAAGCGAGUGAAUGCCAUGAAUAAAUUGAAUUUGAAACGUUUAUCGUUUUAUUUCU